AGCACAGACCAGGAGCAGCCUCGGAGGUGGACCCUGCCUGAAACGUGGGCUGGCCGCCUGGUUCUACACAGGGCCAGCAGGUGUCAGGGCCUCUGGAAGCUAUCGCUGGUCCUCUCUGAGCCGUCGAGUCCAGAAUCUCCCAGCAGUCUGUGUGCCUCCUGUUCACAGGGGCCCUGACUGUUGGCUGGGACUUCCAGGUAGGAAGAUGACUGCCCAGGUGCUGCUGCAGAAGGCGCUGCUCUUGCUGAGUGUGCUCUGUCUGGUUCAAGGUGCCCACGGCGGUGGCCCCCAGGAAGACUUCCGCUUUUGUGGCCAGCGGAACCAGACGAAGACUAGCUUCCUCCGCUAUGAACAGGCCCGGGAACAGCACAUCUCCAUCACGAAUUCAGAGGAUGCUCUGACCAUCCAUGCCCCUUUCCCUGCCUCUCCCAAUGCUUCCAAACCCCUGACCUUUUCUGAGCCCAGGGGCCUCUACCACUUCUGUCUCUACUGGAACCGCCAUGCUGGCAAGCUGCACCUGCGCUACGGCCGGACGGACUACCUGCUAAGCCAGGAAGCCUCAGACCUCCUCUGCUUCCGGCACCAGGAGAGUAGCCCGGGACCAGGCCCCCCACUGCUUGCCACCUCCAUCAGCUCCUGGUGGGACCACCAGAACGCCACCUUGCCCAGUGCCGCUGCUUUUACCUUCAGGUUCCAUGACCCUCCCCACAAAGUGCACCACAACACCUUGGGGGACAUGUGUGAGGUGAAGCGUGACUUGCAGCUGCUCAGUCAGUUCAUGCAGCAGCCCCACAAGGCAGCCAGGAGACCCUCAUCCAGCAUUGCUCACAGGCAGUUGCAGAGCCUGGAGUCAAAGCUGACCUCAGUGAGGUUCCCAGGGAAUGUCGUGUCUUUCGAGGAGGACCGGAUCAAUGCCACCGUGUGGAAGCUGCAGCCCACGGCUACCCUCCAGGACUUGCACAUCCAUUCCCGGCCUGAGGCGGAACAGAGUGAGGUGCUGGAGUACUCGGUGCUGCUGCCACGUGCACUCUUCCAGCAGACCAAGGGCCGGCGGAACGAGGCCGAGAAGCGACUCCUGCUGGUGGACUUCAGCAGCCAGGCGUUGUUCCAGGACAAGAAUUCCAGCCAAGUCUUGGGCGAGAAGGUCCUGGGAAUCGUGGUGCAGAACACCAAAGUGGCCAACCUGUCGGAGCCUGUGGUGCUCACGUUCCAGCACCAGCCGCAGCCGAAGAAUGUGUCUCUGCAGUGUGUGUUCUGGGUUGAAGACCCGACAUUGAGUAGCCCAGGCAGUUGGAGCCAGGCUGGAUGCGAGACCGUCCGCCGAGAGACCCAGACAUCAUGUCUGUGCGACCACCUGACCUACUUCGCCGUGCUGAUGGUAUCCGUGGAGGUAGAUGCUGUGCACAAGCACUACCUGAGCCUCCUGUCUUAUGUGGGCUGUGUCAUCUCCGCCCUGGCCUGCAUCUUCACCAUCACCACCUACCUCUUCUCCAGGAAGGUUCCCUGGAGGAGGAAGCCCCGGGACUAUACCAUCAAGGUGCACAUGAACCUGCUGCUGGCCGUCUUCCUGCUGAACGUGAGCUUCCUGCUCAGCGAGCCUGUGGCCCUGACGGGCUCCAAGGCUGCCUGCCGUGCUAGCGCCAUCUUCCUACACUUCUCCCUGCUCGCCUGCCUGUCCUGGAUGGGCCUCGAGGGCUACAAUCUCUACCGCCUGGUGGUCGAAGUCUUCGGCACCUACGUCCCUGGCUACCUGUUCAAGCUCAGCCUUGUGGGCUGGGGCUUCCCCAUCUUCCUGGUCACGUUGGUGGCACUGGUGGACGUGAACAACUAUGGCUCCAUCAUCCUGGCUGUGCACAGGACCCCGGAGAAUACCAUCUACCCCUCCAUGUGCUGGAUCCAGGACUCGCUAGUCGGCUACGUCACCAACCUGGGCCUCUUCAGCCUGGUGUUUCUCUUUAACAUGGCCAUGUUGGGCACCAUGGUGGUACAGAUCCUGAGGCUGCGUUCCCACAACCAGAAGUGGCCCCAUGUGCUCACGCUGCUCGGUCUCAGCCUGGUCCUUGGCCUGCCCUGGGCUUUGGUUUUCUUCUCCUUUGCUUCUGGAACCUUCCAGCUGGUCGUUCUCUACCUCUUCAGCAUCAUCACCUCCUUCCAAGGUUUCCUCAUCUUCCUCUGGUACUGGUCCAUGCGGCUGCAGGCCCGGGGCGGGCCGUCCCCCUUGAAGAGCAAUUCGGACAGCGUCCGGCUUCCCAUCAGCUCAGGCAGUACCUCGUCCAGCCGCAUCUAAGGUGUCAAUCCACCUGCUCGACCGCAGCCAUGCCUCAUGCUGCCUAUGCCUUCUGCAGCCAGGUUCGCUCCUUGGCUGCUUAGCUGGGGACUCAAGGAGGUCCCCAGGAUCUUGGAGGCUAGGACUGUCACCCCAGUGGGAACUUGGGGGAUGCUCUGUUGUGGGUCCUGGCUGCUGGAGGGCUCCAGAGGCCCCUGGGUCUGUUCUUACAGCUGUGCUGACCUUGGCAAGAACCCGGAUCUGGCCACCAGUGUGGGCCCAGCCCUACAGCUGGGGUUCAGGCCUUGGCACCGGCUCCAGAGGUCACCAGACAACCACUCCAGCCCUGUCAUGUUUUAAUCUGAGCGUUGCAUCACCACAAGCAUGGGGCCCUGAAAGAAGAGGCCCCAGCCCAGAGGAGAGCUUUGGCUCGCCUGCCUCGGACCCCAGGCCCUCCCCCUCCAGCAGCCUUCCCGGCCCUCCAUCUUCUCCCUGGGUCCUCCCUGUUGCUCCUCUGGGCUCCCCAGGCCUCGCUGUCCAGCCUGGGACCCGUAGUUCCAGUGCUGCCUACCGGGUAGUGCUCACAUGAGCCUCCUAGUGCCUGCUGCACACUCAUAUUUGUUGCACAGCCUGAGCCUGCUGCAGCCACGUUGGGGUGCAGACACAGGGGCUGGGCAGCUGUAACUGCCCCACCCGGCCCCCAUGCCAGCCACCUCACCCUUGUGCUCACCUUGGGGAUCCCUCAGCCUCUCUCCAAGCCCUGUAGUGGCUAGAACCGUGGGUGUUGCUAUCCAGUCUGGCUUCAGUUCCAGCACUGUGAAGACUAACAUGAGAUUCCUCUUCCUCCUCCUCCUCUUCCUCUGAGCGUGCUGGGCUAGAGCUUGCUGCUCUCCUGAGUGGUCACCUUGGAGUCCUUGUCCCGGGCACCCUUGGCUUCUGUCCUGGUUUGUUCUGUCCGACGAGCUGCACUGGUCAGCGGGGACUUGGCCACUGCCCCAGGCAACUCUUACGUGUGGGAUUGGGAAGCCAUCAUUCUUGACUGGGAAUCCCAGGAAGGCUUCCUGCAGGAGGUGGUGUUUGAUCUUGCUCUCAGCCUUAGGGAUGGAGAGGGUGUUCUUUUUAAAAGUACUAAUUCUUUUGAAUUCUUUUGUCUUUUGAUAUGAGAAAAGUAUGUGUUUGUUGUAGAGGAUUUGGAAACUGUAGAAGAGUAUGAAGAACCAAAAUAAAUCAGCUGUCACUGUUGGCUAACA